UUAUCACAUUUGUUUUCUUUUUCUACCAUGGCUACUCGAACACAUAGACGCUGGUUCGGUUCUCGGAGCCGAAACAACAAUCUCUGCUCACUUCUCCAAAACCCUUGCUUUCUUCCUCAAACCCUAAAAAUGGUGACUACUCAGGCCGCUUCCAAACGACCAAUUUGCCCAUCGUGCUCCAAACCGGCCCGGCUCUGCCUCUGCUCUCGGAUUCAGAACCCGGGGCUCCAUAACUCUUUCGUUAUCCGGCCGCUGGACUCGGUUUCUCAAAUGGGUUCGGACCGGAAUGGUUUGAAAAGUUUAGGUUUUGAUGAAGUUGUUGAAAGUAGAAAGACCCAGAAGCUGGAUUUUGAGUAUUGUGAUGGGUUCAGCUCAGGGGAAGAAAAUGUGGGAAAGUUGGGAUUUGGGUUAUCUGCAAAUUUGGCAGAAGAGAGAAACAAUAGUAGUUUGAUUGAUUGUGAGAAAUGCAAUUUUGGUAGUGAUUUAGGUGAUAUGAGUAGUUCUCGAAGCCAAUUAGGGGAUGUAGAUUUUGUGGAGAAAGAACAUGAAUUCAGUAGUGAAGAUUUCACUGAUGGUAUACACGUAGAUGGGCAAUGCAAUGUCGAUGAGGUUUCUGCUUCUACUGCGUUGGAUGCAUUAUCCGAGGAUUCUGAUGUAGGUUUUGAUGCGGUUGAAGGUAUCGAAAGGGGUAAUGGUGAUCCUGUUAUAACUGCUACCAUUGGUAAGCAUGGGGUCAUUAGCUCACUUUCGCAUAAUUGGAUGCCACAAACCUGUUGCAAGGAUCUGAAAUUUGAUACAAUUUUAGACAUAGCAGAUGCGCGUGGUGCACUAUCAGAGGGGUUUGUUGUACGGAAGUUGCAAAAGCAGCCGUUGAAGGGAAGCGUGGAGUUGGAUGAGUAUGUGGAGUUUGAGGUAGAAGUUCCUCCUGGAUCUGUACUCUUAUUUCCAUCUGAAGAAGCAGUCAGUGUCGGGGACCUUGAGGCGAUGGAUAUUAAGGUGAAGAAUCUGAUUGUUUUGGAUGGAACAUGGUCAAAGGCAAAGAGAAUGUAUGGGGAAAACCCCUGGUUGAAACUCUUGCCCCACUUGAAGUUGAAUGUGGAGAAGAUGAGCUUGUACAGUGAAGUGAGGCUUCAGCCGAAGCCGGGAUUUCUCUCCACUAUUGAGAGCAUUGUGUAUGCACUUAAAGCAGUAGGGGACAGCCCUGGGGCGCUGGCUGAGGGGCUGGACAACCUCUUGGAUGUUUUCAGGUCUAUGGUCGAGGACCAGAUACGAUGCAAAGAAGAGAGAUUAAGCAAUGUCUCGCCGGAGUGAGUUUUGUCCUCGAUUUCUACAAUUUCAACAUCAUCCUGAAACCUGGCGAUGAAAGCCAUUGGAGUUGCUCGGUUUGUGUUUCAAGAAACCUGUUUGUGUAAAGCCAUGUUUCAUGGAUAUCAAUGAAUUUGAAAACAACCAUGAAUUUUUGCCUUCUCUUUUCAAUUAUUUAUGCUCGGUUUGUCAAAAUCCAACUGGCAAGCCAUAAUGACAAACGGUUGUAUCGUGUUUGUCGAAGAUGUAUCAGUAACAUGUUGAUAUGUUUUUGUUUUGAAUAGUCGGGAAUGUUGAAUCAAAAUUAGAACGGACAUUUGAUGCA